AUGGCGUCGUCCGGCGACCACGUCGCGGCCGCCAAGCACCUCAGGGUGCUGCUGCCGUUCACCUGCGACAGUCUGCGCGUCCCCGACGAGCUCGCCGAGGACAUCGGCGCCGGGGAGGCCCUCGUCGUCGGCCCACUCGGCAGCAAGGGAAAGGUUUUCUGGCGCGUCGAGGUCGGGCGCGACGGUGACGGCGCCUUCCUGGGCCGCGGCUGGCCCGAGCUCGCGGACGCGUGCGGCGUCGACGCAGGGUGGCUCCUCGUCCUCCGCCACCGCGGCCGCGGCGUGCUCACCGUCAAGGCCUUCGACGACACCCGCUGCCUCAGUGACCUCGGCGCUCCCGCUCCGCCUCCAGUUGAAGCAGCCGUGAGUGGCAAAGCCACCGCUCGUAAGCCACAGUUCAUCAUUGUGCUUCCAACCGAUUUCAUGGAAAAGAUGCUAAUACCUGCUAAGUUUGUGCAACAGCACAUCCCCAAAGAGCACCGGAACAAUCAUAUGGCCAUUGUUUUGGGACCCCAUGGCAAAGUUUAUAACAUUAAGCUUGAGGCAGAUCGAUCGGACAUGUUCUUCACAGGUGGCUGGUCACAGUUUAUGGUGUUUCAUGACAUUACUGAAUCUAAUGCUCUGCUGGUAAGGUAUGAGGGCAGCAUGGUGUUCACUGUCAAAGUGUUUGGCUCUGAUGGAUUUCAGAGAUAUUCCAAGCAGAAGGAAAACAAAGCUCAGCAAAGAUCAACAUUACCACAUAGUGAGAAGCUGCAGAAAGCACCAUCUGUUUCCAUUCAGAACCGUAAGCGUAAGAACAAGACAUCAUUACAAAGGAACUCGAUCUACAAGAUUGGGCCGCCGUCAUGGAUAAAGAAGCAGAUCAACACCAACACACUUGAAAAGCAUCUUGCUUUGGCAAAAGCUUUCUGUGAUGCUAUUGGGCUGUGGGAACCUUGUACAAUAACACUGAGAGUCUCAACAACAGAUGGUACUAGAUCUUGGCUUGUGCAUGGACUCCCAUGCAAAACAAGCAGCUACCUGCUUGUGCAGGGUUGGAGGCAGUUCUGCCAGGAGAACCAUCUCAAGGAAGGGGAUACCUGCACCUUCAAUGUCAUCGAAACCACACUGUGGAAUGUACUUAUCACAUGUCAUGAGGAAAAGAUGAAUCAGUUCUGCUAUCAAGAAACCCCUAAGAGCAAGAAAGACAAGUCCAGUACUGAUGGACAAAAGAUGAUUCAACGCUCCAUGAAUUAUUUGAACAAGGGUAGGACAAAAAGUGUCUUUGAGAUUGGGCCACCUGCUUGGAUAAAGAAGGAGAUCAAUGCCUGCACAAUUGAAAGUCAUCUCAAUUUGCCACUGGCCUUCUGCGAGGCGAUUGGACUUCGACAACGCUGCAUGAUCACGCUCAAAACUUCUACCAGCAGCACCAAGUCUUGGCAGGCGCGCCUAAACGUGUACCAGAAUUGCUGCCAGCUGGUUGGAGGCUGGAAGAGUUUCUGCCUCGAUAAUGGGAUCAGGGUGGGCGAUGUCUGUACCAUGCAGAUCAUAGAAACCACCCUGUGGAAUGUCACGGUCGAUCGUCGAGAAGAUAGUACCAGGUAGUGCAUCAAUCCGCCUCUGCGAUGGUGUCUUUUGUUUGAAAGCACUGGAUGCUACUGUUCGUUUCAUUGAAUGUACAAGUUUGUCUUGUAAGUUGGCCAGUUUGGGGAGCUUUUGUUUGGGGCUUCGUUGGAGUAGCCGACACUCCUAGAAGCUCUCCCCCAAACAGGACUAAGUGCCAAGCCAAGCUAAGACAUGCACCAGUGUCCACUGGAUACCCUUUUGA